AUGGGAGACGAACUUGUUAUGAUGAAGACAAAUGUAGGAGAGCGAUCUUAUAUCAAGUGUCCGAUGUUAAACUCGACAAACUACACCGUAUGGGCCAUUAGAAUGAAGAACAUGCUUAAAGUUCAUAAGGUGUGGAGUAUUAUAGAGACGGCAACGGAAGAGGAUGACAAAAACGACAUGGCUAUUGCUCUGUUGUUUCAAGCAAUACCCGAAACCUUAGUACUACAAGUCGGAGAGUUAGAUACAGCAAAAAAGGUUUGGGAUGCUAUCAAAAAUAGACAUGUUGGUGCGGAGAGAGUAAAAGAAGCUAGACUGCGAACCUUAAUGGCAGAAUUUGAUAGAUUGAAGAUGAAGGACACCGAGAAAAUCGAUGACUUCGCCGGCAAGCUAUCUGAAAUUUCAUCAAAAUCCUUUGCCUUAGGAGAAGAGAUUAAAGAAUCAAAAAUUGUCAAAAAGUUUCUUAAGAGCCUCCCUCGCAAUAAAUAUAUACACAUUGUAGCAUCCCUUGAGCAAGUCCUUGAUCUUAAGAACACGAGUUUUGAAGAUAUUAUGGGACGUUUAAUGGCUUAUGAAGAACGGGUUCAAGAAGAAGAUAAUAAUCAAGAGGACCAAAGCAAGCUUAUGUACUCUAAUAUGGAACAGCAAUCCGCUCAUAAUUACCAUGAGGACUAUAAAGGAUAUCGAGGAAGAGGAGGACGGUACUACAGGGGCAGAGGUCGAGGUUACUAUAAUGGAGGAACAGAUACGUCGAGAGUAACGUGUUUUCGAUGCGACAAGAUGGGUCAUUACGCCUCUACCUGUCCAGACCGACUCCUCAAGCUACAAGAGACACAAGAGCAAGAUAAAGCUGACACUCAAGAAGCAGACGAGCUUAUGAUGCAUGAAGAGGUCUAUCUUAAUGAAGGAAAAGUGAUGCCAAGCAAGUACGAGUCUAAUGGAGAAGAUAAUAUGUGGUAUCUUGAUACUGGAGCCACUAAUCACAUGACUGGAAAUCGACGAUACUUUGCAAAAAUCGACGAGUCUAUUACAGGAAAAAUCAAGUUUGGUGAUGACUCGCGUAUCAACAUCAAAGGGAAAGGAUCUAUCGAGCUUAUUGACCAGAAUGGAGAGAUAAGAACUAUGGCCGAUGUCUAUUUCAUUCAGGCUUGA